AUCAAACAAAUACAAAAAUCCAUUUUUCUUAGACGAAAAUAAAAAGCUUGAAAUCUAAUCAUAAAUUUGGGACGUUGUUAGCGGUGUCACCGUUGAAACCCUUUCCGCAAUACUGCCCUAUUUAUUCCAGUCUUUAGUUGGCCCGAACAUGCGCAUUUGACAUACUUGAUACUUCCGGAAACAAUUGGUUGAAGGAAGAUGUACUUCAAAACAGAAUCUGUGAAUUGUAUUCAUAGGUAAAAUAUGUGACCGAAACGUAGAACGGAUAUGUUCUUCCGGAAAACAGUGAAUGAUAUCUUGGCCUUCACAUAAAUGAACCACGAUGGCAAAUGCUGUGAAUCCUCAUGAUCACUUUGAUCCUGAUGCCAUACACUAUGAAGAUGAGGUAGACAUGGAAGACAGUGAGGAGGAAGAGGAAGAAGCUUCCAAUAAGCAAAAUGGUGCAUUGAAAACAGAUCGUUAUGGUUUCAUGGGAGGAGGACAGUUUACAGACCCUGAAUUAGAAUCACCCAUUCCAUUGGAAAUUUUAAGGAAGCGAGAAUUAAAAUGGUUAGAUAUGUUAGAAAAUUGGGAAAAAUGGAUGAGCAAAAGAUUUAAGAAGGUAAAAGAGCGAUGUCGUAAAGGUAUCCCUCCUUCCAUACGACCAAGAGCAUGGCAGUAUCUGUGUGGGAGCAAGUAUUUAAUGGAACAUAACAGAGGAGUGUAUGAGGCUUACUUAAAGGAACAGGGGGAGCCCAGGUGGAUAGAUGAUAUUAAAAAAGAUCUUCACAGACAGUUUCCCUUCCAUGAAAUGUUUGCUGCCAGGGGAGGGCAUGGGCAAGAAGAUUUGUUCAGAAUAUUAAAAGCCUACACCAUUCACAACCCAAAGGAUGGGUAUUGUCAGGCCCAAGGGCCAAUAGCUGCAGUGUUGCUGAUGCACAUGCCUGCAGAGCAAGCUUUUUGGUGCUUAGUCUCCAUCUGUGACAAAUACCUGCCUGGGUAUUACAGUCCAGGACUGGAAGCAGUUCAGACAGACGGGGACGUUCUGUAUGGUUUGCUGAAAAAAGUGGUGCCCGCAACAUAUAAACAUUUGAAAAAGCAAAAGGUUGAUCCAAUUUUAUAUAUGACAGAAUGGUUUAUGUGUGUGUUCACCCGGACUCUGCCAUGGUCAUCAGUAUUGAGAGUGUGGGAUAUGUUCUUUUGUGAAGGUAAAUAG